UUGGGCGUCCAACGAAGCCUGCCUUUGAUGCUUGGACCACAGAGAAGUUGCCCACCUGUCUGGAUUUUACCCUCAUCCUGAGAUCCUAUUUAUAUAUAAUUUCCUUAAGGACUAUCAACGGGAGUGGUCUUAGGUCCUAUUUUACAGAUGGCAGUCCUCCAUUUGACAGCGUCCUCUGUCUGAAGCGCUGCCCAGUCAAAGUUUGGUUUCAGUUGGAAGAACAAGAAGAGGGGAGAGCACUGAGGGCGUUAGGAGUUGCCCACCAACACUUUAGCACCUGGACAGCGGACUGAGCAGGCAUUCAGGUCAUGGUCUUCCCCAUGAUGAAACAGAAUGACGGGAUUUUAGCUUCCAUCCUGAUCUGCUGAGCUGAAGAAGAGACGAGCAUUCAUGGGGUUGUGGACGGACGCUUGGGGAUUCCUGCUGCCGGUGUAAAAUCUUGAUUGCAAAGUAAAGCCAUUGCAGAAUAGCCCAGGCUCAAGCCAAGUACCCAAGAUGCUGUUCUUUCUACUGCCUCUCAUUUUGGGGCCUCAAGGUAUUUGCGGGGACCACAGACAUGAAGUAGACUUCAGUUUUUGUGCUCACAGGAAGCAAACAGAAAAAGGCCACCUCCAUUACAAAAUCUGGGACCAGGCCAUCAGUAUUGUAAACAGUGCAACUGGACUGAAUAUAAGUGCUCCAUUCCCACCAGCACAUCAGAGCAGCAUCUGGACUCUGCCAGACCGUGCAGGGAGUUACCGCUUCUGCGUUUACUGGUUUCAGGAUGACCACAUUUUCAUGCUCAACUACGGGAACACCAAGAAUUACACCCUGAGUAAACAGGCUAAUUAUUCCUUCUUCUCUCCCAAUAUCACUGGAAAAACCAAUAAAAGAGAUACUCAUUGGCUUCACAAUGUCUCCUAUACUUUUGCCAAGGGCUUCCACAACCAAUCCCUUCCCAAUUCAUCUUCCUACGAGUUCUUCCUCACAGAUUCUGGAAAACAAAGAACCUCUCUCCAAGUAAGUGAAGCAGAAAAAGAAUUCAGAAGCACAGAAGAAAAGCUAAAGAGCUUGGAAACUGAGAUGAGGACCCCCAGGCAAGGAAGAACCAAGCGGGGAAACCCAUUCGUGCAUCUCAAGCGUUUGGAGUCAACGUUGGGAAAGGUGGACUUCGAAGGAAAGAACAAGAGUUUUGGGGAAGGAGCCUUGCUGCAGGCCAGCGUCUGGAAUGUCCCAUCCCAGAGUCCUCAUGACCUACCCAUCAAGUUGCGACUGGAAGAGGACAAAGAGCUUCGUGGCUUUGAAGUCACCCUGCCCAAAAUCGUCUUUGCAGAUCCCUCGAAGUCCCAAUACGAGCGACGCAGUGGCAUGACGAGGGCAGUGCUGAUGGCGGUCACCAGCCAGACCCUCUUCCAGAAGCGAGAUUCUAGCCAGAUCCUUGGAGGCAAGGUGAUCGGAAUCUCUGUGCGGAACCGUUCCGUCCACGGCCUGCCCCAGGACCAGCGUGUGGCCAUCACUUUCCAGCACAACCGUCUCCCGGGGAAUAUGACUCCUCAGUGUGUUUUCUGGGAUAUGGACGCCGAGGCUGGCCACUCCGGCGAGUGGAAUGAGUCAGGUUGUGAAGUGGUGCGUGGGAAAACCCACCUGACCUGCCUUUGCGAUCAUCUCACCUUCUUCGCAGUGCUGAUGGUGUCCUCCCCAGACGUCGACCCCGUCCACCAUCAUUAUCUGACCGUCGUCACUUACGUCGGUUGCAUCAUUUCGGCAUUGGCUUCGUUCCUCACCAUCUUCUUCUUCCUGUGCUCGAGGAAGAAGCAGAGAGACCACAUUGUCUACGUCCACAUGAACCUCCUCUGGGCCAUCUUCAUCCUUGACAUGAGCUUCCUCAUCGCUGUGCCCCUGGCUCCCAGUGGCGGGGACGCGUCUUGCAAAGCUGGCGCCAUGUUCCUGCACUUCGGCGUGCUCGCCUGCCUGACCUGGAUGGGCAUCGAGGGCUACAGCCUCUACCAGCUUGUGAUUGAGGUCUUCCAUUCCUACGUCAAACACCUCCUGCUCAAGCUCUGCCUCGUGGGCUGGGGCUUUCCUAUGUUCGUAGUCACUCUGAUCUUUGUGGUUGAUCAGUCGCACUAUGGACCCGUCUCCUUUAAAGUCUACGAGUCCCCUGAGAGAUACACCAAUGCAACCAUUUGCUGGAUCACAAAAAAGGAGAUCAACAACUACCUGAACUUGGGAUUUUUAAGCCUGGUGCUCUUCUUCAACAGUAUCAUCCUGGCCGCUAUGGUGCGAGAGAUCCUCAAACUGAGAUACCGGGAAAAGCACUGGGAAUACGCCGUGAUGCUUCUGGGACUGAGUUGUGUCCUGGGCAUCCCUUGGGGGCUGAUCUUCUUCUCGUUCACCUCUGGAACCUUCAAGCUUGUGGCCGUCUACCUUUUCACCAUCAUCAACUCUCUCCAAGGCUUCCUGAUCUUCCUUUGGUACUUGGCGAAAGUCCUGCAGUCCCACAAGAAGGAGUCCAUGCAGUUCGCCUCUUCUAACAGCAUGCGGCUUCCUUCCAGCAGUACCAGCAUAUGAUCCCGCGGAGACGGCUCUGGGCUUCGACGUUCUGCAUUGGCUCCUUUUGGAACUCAAUAGAAAAUCACUUCUGUGUAUAUGUAUUAUUUCUUCUUUGGGGGAGGGGUUGGAAAGACAUGUUCAUCCUUGAAUAAUAUCGGCAAUGUCUCUUUUUGUAAUGUAAAUAUUAUUUUUUAAACUCUGGUGUAAAAAGUUCUAUGAAAGUACUUUGGAAUUGAAAACGCAAUAAUUAAACAGUCUUGCUAAGGACAC